CUGUCAAAACGGAUGACGUCAUAGUCAGUGUAACUCCAGCCGUGCCGGGGGGAAGAUGUCGGCCGUUGUUGUCUUUGCUGUUUUUCUUCUCAUCUGUACAAUCUUCAAGUUUCUCAACGUCACCAGCCCUCCUAGGCCUCCUCGGCUAGUAUGCAGCGACUCCAAAUUCCUAGAGCUCAUAUUAAAGUACUGCCCACAACUGAAUGAAACGUAUGUUCCAGUGAGAUUAUGGGGCUGCAGCGGACACCUGCAGACAAUUGUGCAUGCCACAGUAGGGCGGACAUACUGUCCCAAUGUAGUGCCAAGACGCAUUGCUGCUCGACAGGAGGAUGGGGCCACUGUCACCUGGGAUGUGUAUGACCCUACUGGACCCUCCCAGUUUAAUGAGGAUUACACCAUUGCUGUGUGUCCAGGUAUAGCCAACAGCAGUGAGAGUACUUAUGUUCGCUCUCUGGUAUCUCUGGCAUGUUCCCAAGGUUACCGAUGUGUUGUACUCAAUCAUCUGGGAGUCUUGCCACACCUCAAAAUAACAAGUCCAAGAAUUUUUCGAUAUGGUCAAACAGAUGAGCUACACUUGAUGCUGACAAAGUUUUCAGAGUCUUACCCAGAUACAAAACUUUUGGUAGUGGGAUUUAGCAUGGGAGGAAACAUUGUGACAAAAUAUCUGGGAGAGUCCACAAGAGUCCGUCCAAGCAACAUCAUUGGAGCCAUUGCUAUCUGCCAGGGUUAUGAUGCUGUUGCAGGCCUCAAGUACUUAUUGGAAUGGCACAACUUGGCACGCAUUUAUCUCUUCUCUAUGACAGAGAACAUGAGAUCAGUGAUCAUUAAACACAAAGAAGCAUUGCUUACAGAAGAAGUGAAGCGCAAAUACAACAUUGAUGAACGGCGAGUUAUGUCGGCUGCUACACUGCAAGAACUGGAUGAAGUCUACACCAGGAGAAUCCAUGGUUUUCGAAGUGCAGAAGAACUGUAUCGAAAUGACAGCUGUGCAAAUUACAUGCACAAUGUCCAUGUUCCUAUUGUGUUCAUUAAUGCCAAGGAUGAUCCUCUUGUGCAUCCAGAUAUGCUCGCCAUUCCACAAGCUUUUGUCAACACCCACAAGAAUUCGUUGUACAUUGAAACGGAACAUGGAGGUCAUCUUGGUUAUUAUGAUGGCGGAUAUCUCAUUCCACGAGCAGUCACAUGGUUGGACCGCACAGUCAUCUCACUUGCUACUGCACUAGUCUACAAUCAGUGAUGUUCUACAUUGCUACAGUCAUGAAUAUUUGUUUAAUUGAGGAUCAGUCAUUCCUAGCUAAUAAUCUAUUUGCUUCAUUGGCUAUGUUGACAACUACAAUGUUGCAAGCUGUGAGCUUUCCUGAGUAUGUAAUAUUCAUAACUCCCAGUAUUUGGAAACUGCAAAAUAGAUUUAGUUAAAAAAAAAAUCAUAAAUUGUAAAUGUGGCCAUUAUGAUGAAAAUAUUUGAAGGUUGUUUUGAAAGUGGCUUGAGAUAUAUUGGUUUAUUAACCCAGAAAUGAUAGUGUUUAAAAUCGUGGCUAAAUAUUUUGAAUAUUAUAUUACAUAUUUUUUGUCUAAAUAUUUAUCUUUAAUAUAUUAUAUAAUAGAUUUAGGUGUAUUAACAUAAGUGUUGACAUUUAAAAUAUUUAAAACACAUUCAUGAUAAUCACAAGCUUUAAGAUGGUUUACUAACACAAGCUAUGAAUGAAACUAUUUUUAUACUAUAUUUGAGAAGAAGUUACAGGUUUGUAUCAGAGUUUGUCUUGUGACCUGCAUCAGUUCCUGAACGCAAGAUGCUUCGCAGGUGCUGCACAAAAUGCUAAAGUUUCCUGAUGUGCAACGCACAGGCUGAUGUUCAAUGAGUGACAAUAAUACAAAGUUAAGUUGUAAUAGGAGAACUGAAUUCAGCAGUAAUAAGCAUUACUUUAAUUUAAAUUUUGUGGCAGAUACUUGAAAUUUCCAGAAGAAAGGUGAUAGUUUAAGGGUGUCAAUGGAGACUUUAUUGGGAAGAUUUUUAAUUUUUGCAUUUGUUAUAUUCGUUCUCUGAUAAUCAUUAUUACAAUACAUACGUACUGCAUAUACAUACAUACUGUACAUUCACACAAAUAUAUAUUUGUUUGUUAUAAUCUCCAUCACUUAUAUAACAAAGGGAACAACUUGUAUGGAACAACUGUCUGGAAGAUGUCAAAAUCAAUGCUUCUGUGAUGCACAAUAUUUCUACUCUUUGCAAUUACAGAUUUAAGUUUUACUGUUAUUGUCAUACAAUAUUUUGAUAUCCCAGACAUAUUACAGUUAAGCAUGUAAAUUAAAAAAUUAUAAAUUAAAAAAAUGCCCCAAAUUCUAAAGCUUUUACAAGUUUAUUUGAAAGAAAACACCCCUCAACACUCCAAAUCACAUGCAAACUCCACAUGCUAUAACUGCCAUGCAUUUGUAAGCAAAAAAAAUAAUGCGUUGUAUUGCAGUUCAUAUUUUCCCUAUUUUUGUAGUUUUCAUUACAAAUAUUUUCAUGCAACUUUUUAUUUACUAAUAAAUUUGUCAUCAACAUUUAAGGAUAAUUGACUACUUUGCCAGACAUCCCUGAACACAGGAGCCAACACCAUUUAUGCACAGUUUUGUCCUGCUGUGACCUGUUUAGUUUUGCAUCAAUAUAACUUACCCUCAUGUACGCUAAUGUCCACACUAGUGGGCCAAAGAAAAAGAAGUGAGAAGAUCACCAUGUACAAAAUUGAUAGGGAUGAAUUUUUGUAUUUGCCAUAUUGAAAACAAGAGCUGUAAAUUCAAGCCGAGAAAAUAUAGGUGCCAAAAAACAUGCAUACAAACUGUACACUCUCGCAAAUGGAGUGGUAGGUGGAGGGAAUAAUAAAGAUGAGAGGGUGAUGUGUGCAAACCAUUAAAAGCUUUAAAGCAUCAUUGGACAAAGAUUAUAGGGAAGAUAGGACACCAUGAGCAUGGCUCUCUCCCUGUAGCUACACUUGGGUAUGCUGUAAAUACUAGAUCUAUUUGUCACUUGAUUUUUCAAUUUUUUUCACAAUUUAAUUUGUCCAAAUAGUGUUGUACAGUAUUUGUUGGCAAAUUUAUCUUCCAUUUCUUCUGAGUUCUUUGUCUUAACAUUCCCAGUUGUACCAUUCGUGGGUGUCUCAAAAAAGUGUUCCCCCAUCAAAUGUUUGAAGCCUUCUUCAAUCGCCUCUUUGUGUUUGCUAGGGCUCAACUUCAGCCCCUGAGUCCUGGCUAUCAACAUAUGGACUCUGGCAUUUGAAGCUGCAUAUGAAGUAUACCACCACCAUUUCACUUCUUAGAACAUCAGAUUUGUUUACUUUACUAUUAUGAGUUGUUUUUAUUUUGUGAGUGUUGGGCCCAUUUAAGGACUUCGUUUUCACCUGUGUCCCCUUAUUUACUACCCAUCUCAAAUAGUUUGCCUGUCUCUUUCCCAGAGUAUUUUUAUGUAGUAAUUAUGUCUUCCCUGACUCCUCUAUAUUCCAGUAACUUAGUGUUAUGUUUGCCAACCUACCAUAUUGUAUUGUGUUCAGCUUCAUGUUUCCUGCAUACUUCAUUAUUUUGCAUUUGCUUGAGUUAAAUUAAUAGACAACUAGACACUUCUACCAUCUUUCAGUUUGUCCAGUUCAUCUUGUAAUAUCUUGAAAUCUUCCAUCAUUUUAAUCCUCCUCAUAAUAUUUGUGUCAACAAACAUAAGAGGAUGGAGUCUAUUCCCUCUGGGAGAUCAUUUACAUAUAUAGUGAUACCUCAGUAGUCGAACGGCUUUGAACUUGAAGAAUUCAACACUCGAACACUUUAUUCAAGAAAAAAAUGCUCGACACCUGACCAUACAAACGCAUGUCAUCUGUAGCAAAGGAUAACGAGUUGGUUUCCAGUAGCUGUCAUGCAGUGCACAACCCCACUAAACCUGUCUGUAAACAGAGAAGAGAGGGAACCCCCAGAAGUACAAUUACAUGAUGAUGAUAAGGAAGGGCACUCUCCUGGCAAACAAUAACAGAGGCCUGGGGCCGGAUUCACGAAGCAGUUAUGCAAGCACUUAUAAACCUAUGCAUCUAUUUUAAAUCUGGUGGCUUUGUUUAUAAUUAUUAAACAGUUAUUGAGCUCUGAAACACCAGGUGCCUGUUUAUAAAAAUAACAACAGUUGAUUGGGAAGGUUCAAUGCUUGUAAACUGUUCAAUAAAUGUAACCAAAGCUGUCAAAGAUUGAGGAAAGAUGUACACGUUCGUAAGUACUUGCUCAACUGCUCCGUGAAUCUGGCCCCUGGUCAGAGACUGAGCCACAUGGAUGUCGAUCCUUGGAACUACAUCAAAACAACAUAAAUAUAAGGCAAAAACUUGACUGCUUCUUGAUACUUUGUAUGUAAGGUAGUCCAUCCUGUCUUGAACAGUCUUCUCACUUGAGUUUUUUGUUUCCUAUGUUAUUCCUAAUAUAAAUUAUCUCGUCUAUUCAUAUUUUCACCCUCAGCAUGCCAGUCUUUACCUCCUGAUCUCUUCCCAGAACAGUUCAUUCCUACUUCCACCAUAUACUUAUACUAAUUCCCAGAGGAGCUUCCAAAUUGGCUUCCCUUGCGUCUGACUAGUUCAGAGUGAAUAUCGGGUCAAGUCUUGCUGGUUCAUUAUUAUCCAUUAUGUUUUGUUGAUAUCCUGACAUGUUGACUUAGAGUGGUUAUUACAAAUUCAACAAGUGGUAAGCGUUUUGCCUUUUCUUCUUCUUCCUCCUCCUCCUCUUCUUCACCACACAAAUGCUGCAUUUUAUCAUUAGGGUCUGUGGAAUGUCAUGAAUUUUGUUAGCACUUUUCCGUACUGUACAAGAAUUUAACUGAUUCUGAAAUUGGCAAGGUCUUGCUUAAGCUCCUCUUACAGUGUUCUUGAUGGCAGCUUACAAAAACCACCCCUAGAUCUUUCUCCUUAAGGUCUUCAACCCCUUUCCAUACCCUGGGUUCCUUAUAAUCUUUGUUAUAUGAUGCAUUGAAACUGCUGAUGGUUUUGGCAUUCAUGACCACCUCUCAUAAAUUGUUCCAACAAUCUACAAUUCUGUGAACAAAGAGAGAACUUUUGACCAAGUGUCUGUGCAAGUCGGCACUCAUUUCAAAAUUGAAUUGUAUUCCGAUAGUGUGUUGGGGGAUCAGUGUGUUGACUAUUGAAAAAUAGUUUUCAUCAUUUUUAUAUAAGUGAGACAAAGAUAAAAGACAAAUAUAGAGAAUUUUAGUAACUUCUCCACUUUGAAUAUUAUUAAUGUGUGCAUAUACAAUUGAUAUAAUUUGGAGUAAAACAAAAUUAAAUGAGGUUCACAUGUAUGUAUUUAAUGUCAGGAUUAGGUUCUUGAAAACUGUGGCUUUAACUGAAAUCACAUUAAGUGAAACCGAAGUGAUAUAAACAAGGGUUAUAUUCCUAGGGUAUUAAGAAAGAUGAUGAUUGGUCAUUUUCUCACCAUAGCAUUUUGGUAUUGUUCAAAAAGGUAGUAAAAUUAAACAAAAACAUGAUUUAAUUGUAAACUUCAUUUAUAAAAUGUUACAAUACCAUAUUUAGGACUUGACUUAAAUGACUCCUGGGUGGGACAGGAAUGGUUGGGUGCACUUUCUAUCGCCUAAUGCCCUUGUUCACCUAGCAAUAAAUUGGCACCCAGGAGUUAGCUAGUUGUGGGGUUGUGUCCUGGGGAGGAUCAGUAAUUUGACCAUUAAGGGGGAAACUACGACAUAAGCUUAGCAUGUGUAUAUACACUGGCUGCCUGUCCUCCAACACAAUAAAUUGUUUAUUACUACUAAUAUGUAGGGUGAGUGGUGUGGCCGUUGUGGGAUUAUUUGUCUGAUUGAAGCAUGUGCUUUGGUUCAUCUGGUUCAAAUGUAAUCUGCACAUCUUUCUGUUCAUGAUCAUCAUUAUUAUUGUUCUCUUCUUUAUGUUCAUUUUUUUUGCCCUUUUCAUCUUCUUGAUCCUCAUCAUGGCAGGUUGUAUUCUUCUUCUGUCCUUUAUUGUCUUCUUUCUUCUGCUGAUCUUUUUUCUUGACUAAAACAUCUAAUGUCUGCUGAAUGGCAGGUUUUUUCUUCUGUUUAUGAAUUUCCUUGUAACAGUCAAUACUAAAUUGUCAAUUCUUGCAUACGGUACAGCUACGUUCUGUCAGGAUCAUUUUCAGUUAUGGCAGCUGAGAGUUUGUCAAGUGCAUGGAAAACUUUUGAUUAAAAAUAUUCUUUUUUUAACUUGUGUUGUCUCAGACUGAGUGUCUUCUUCACUUCUGCUCACAUUUUGCCAAGCAGAAUCAGUUCCUCAUUGACUGUGUGUGUGUGUGAAUCAAGUAUUUCCUGUAUGUCAUCUUCAUCAACUUCUUCAAAACCAACUGUGUGAGCUAACUAAACAAUUUCACAUCAAAUGUGGCAAAUCUUGACAAAAACCAUGAAAAAUACUGUGUUUUGUUCUAUUAUUUAUACUAUUAUUACAGUAUAAAUGCUGUUUGCAGACUAUUUAAGUUAGCAUUCAUAUACUGUACUGUACUUUGUUUUCUACAAGUAUUAUAGGUUUACACACCAUUUUCUCACUCUUAUGUUGACAUACUUAAGGAGAACUCGUUUUGCCUACCUGAUGUUAAAUUUAUAUAUUUAUUUUUUCUAAUGUAAAAACAAAAUGGCAUUAACUAGGGCAAUGUUAAACAAGGUUCACCUGGAUACACAAUUGAAGUUCAGUAACUUUUAUCGUGUUUUAAACAUUGUAUGACUUGGAUUAUGUAUAGUAGUCCAUUCUAUUGAGAUUACACAGAAGUAUGCAUGGGAUUUUGAGUGAUAUGAGCCAUUUUCUUUUAAAUCCUAAAUUUUUCUGACAUUACAAGAAAAAUAAAGUACUUGUACUAAAAUUAUUUGUAUUGAUGGUACAUUUUUGUUUAAUUUUUUUCAUUUAAUGCAGUACAAUACAGUUCUUUUAAAACCUUAGAUUUUGCAUGUUUUUCUAUCUUGGUUUUUGUUUUAGAUGCUAGACUCCAUUGUGUUUUUGUUUUAUUUAAUAUUCAUACACAACUACAAGCAUUAUAAAACAAUAAUAAAUAUUUAUAAAUUCGUUAAAAUUUUGUGAAAUGUUAUUUUAAAGUGUAUAUUUUAUCACUAAAGUGGUUUGAGAUAUAUUAAGCUCAAAUAGCCUAGGAACAUUCCUAAUGUAAAUGAAUACAUACGCACUAGAUGUUUGGUAAUGCUAUAUGUACUUUGAAUUUUAGCUAUUAAGUAGUCAUUUUUUCUUCAGUCUUCUCUUUUUGGUGCCUUUGAUGACUAAUAGUUACUGCCAUAUCUUAUUUUUAUAUACUGUAUUUUAAUGUUAAAUUUGACUAGUCAUUACAACACCUAACAAAAUCAAAAUAUUGCAGACUAAACAAAUAUGACAUCCAUUUUCAUGUAGCGGUUAAUUGCUCACGUAGCCCGUCCUCGUUCCUCUGUCCCUCCAUACUAAGACGUACAUUUAUGAAGGUUCUAACAAAUCUAAACAAAACAGUUUGACAUUUUGAUUCUUGGUUCAUACAAACACAUGUAUGAUAGUUAGCAUUGUUUUGAUGGUUUAAUUACACUACAGGUAUUUGGCUUGAAGACAGGUUUUCCCAUGAAUACACAUCAUUGUACGAGUGAAAAAUAAAAUAUAUUUAUGUAAUAUACAUGCAUGCAUGUGCACACAUACAUACAUGCAUGCAUACUGGUACGUACAUAUUUUAGUAGUACGGUAUAUUCUAUAUAUAGCAAUUAUUUAUUAUUUUAUUACUUAAAAAUUGAAGCGAUUUUCAUGAGCUCAGAUUCUAUUAUCAGUAAUGUGCAGUCAUGUAUUUAAUUAAGGCCAUGACUAGGCUAUGCACAAUUAAUAAUAUCAAUAUUUAUUUUUUGGUACUGCAUAUUGAAUUGAUAUUGAUAGUCUGCUUCAUUGUUGUGUGUGUAAGGUGCCAGUAAAAACAGUAUUGUAUCAGAAUUUAUCAUGUUAGGUUUCAGUCCUUAAACAUUCCAAGGGAAUAAUACUUAUAAAAAAGUAGUUUACCAAUAGAAAACUUCAGUAUUUACAUGUUUCCAAUAUAUUUCCCUCCCAGCGUGUUGGGAGGAAACAAGUGCUCACUACGUCACUCGAGUUAAACCCUUUGAAAGGAACUUCACUUAGUGUUGUUUAAUGCAAUCAUACGAGUUAUCUUCUAGACUAUGGAGAAUCAAUCCAGUGUUGUUGUAACAAAUGUGAAUGUUACUCAAAUCUUUAUUGUACUGUACUGGUAUUUGAAAAGUAAGAGUUCUCAUUUAUUGAAAUAUAAUUACCUAAUUGCAGGACAUAAUCUAAAACUUUCAAUCAAAAUAAAAAGAAUGAGUACUGUACUUAAAUUUAUUAAUACAAUUAUUGAGCACAUUAUAAUACUGUACUUUGAAUUGUGUGGUAGUAUGAGUGUUGGAGAGACAGAGGGAGAGAAUGUUGUGUGGGUGGGUGGUGGGGCAAAUUGUUAAACAUGUGAUAUAUAACCAAAUACCCAGCUUGGGCAUAGAAAAUACUAUGACUAAACUUUUUUAAAUUUUGAAAAAUGCAUACAAAUUCUUGAGUAAACAUUGCCAGCACAGGUGAAAGAUUAUAUUAUUUUUUUCUACUUAACACAAGAAUUGCACAAAAAUUAAUAAAUAUCAUCUGCAAGAAAUUACUGACAAAUGUAUAUUCAAUCUGGGCAGUAUUUGCACUAAUCAAAAUUAAAAUCUGAAUUUUAAAUGUAUUCUGAUAUGAAGACUAUUUUUUGUCAUGUAUACAUUUUGAGAGAGAUCUCAAUUUUAGAGGUUACACCAUACUGCAGUUAAAUAUUAUUAUUUGUAAAGUUCAAUUUAAAAUGAUUUGUUGAUUGCCCGUCUUAACGUCUUAAAUAUGCUUUCUGUCUUUUUCACCAAAAUUUCUACUUUUAAAUAUUACAGUAUCAUUAUUUUGUAUUUGAGUAAAUUUCUUCCAAGAAUUGCCCAAACACUGUGAGCUUCUGAAUUAAUAAACUAUAUGACAAGACUAUGUCCUUGUUACAAAAGCAGUCUUGGUAUGUAACAUGUUAAAAGCUGAGGAAUUUUGGGUUUUGUAGUGUAGUUGUCUAUGCCAUUUCACAUGCAACCAAGGGCACCAGUUUCUAACCCUGUGGUAGGACAAAAGAAUUUGGAAUAAAUUCCAAACCUCACACAAAAAAAUAUCUAAUGACUAAAAUGAUAGAAAUUAAAUUUUGUACUAUUUUUGAAUACUUUUAACAGCCCAAGUUUAUAAAUUUCCAGUUUUACAAUCUUAUUUAUACAAGAAGUCACUUUCAGAAGGAUAACUUUUCUGGAUGUAAACAUCACAAGUGCAAAUAUUAACCAGGUUAUCCCUUGAAGACAUAGGUUGAGUACGUUACUCAACCUAUGGCGAGACAUCUCAUGUCGCAGAUGAUGUCUGUCAUCUCAUCAUUAUCAUCAUUAUUUUUAUGCGAUAGAUAAAAUUCACUGCUAUUUAAAAAGGUUUGCCAGAAUUUUAAUUUUGCUAUGCUGUAAAAGUGUAAGCAUUGAUUUCAUUCAUUGUUAGUUUGACAGGUAGUAGUAGGCUUUCAAAAUGUUUUGAAUGUGUUUUUGCAAACUUUUAACGGAAAAUGAGUACUGUUCUAUUAGACAUAGGCUUUAAUGAUAUAGACCAUAUCUUUGGUACUUGAACAAUUAAAAUACAAUGAAAAUCCAUAAACCUGUAUUCAGUAAAACAAGUUACAUUUUGCAUAUUUAUACAGAAUAUCAUUACCAAAGCUCUGAUGUUAGCUUUUUUAAAACUUUUGAAGUGAAGUGCCAAGUUACAUAAAAUGAAGAAUAUACAGUAGUUUUUCUUCGAUGCCAGUAUGAUGAUAACCCCCACAUAAUCACUGGGGUUCAUAGUCAUUAGCAUUGCAGGAAAAUUUAAGAACAGUAUCGAGAAUGUGAAACUUGAUUACAAAUGUUACACAUGCUGUCAUGGAAUUUAAUUUUCCUAACAUUUAAGCUUAUUUUUAGUAGUACUUUUGCCUCAUAGAUGACUACUGUAUAUUAAUAAAGAAAAUGUCAAGCUGUUGUAGCAAGAUCAGCACAUACAAAAUUAGAAUUUAAAUUUGUUAGCUCGAUUAAAUGUUUUAAAAAUAAUAUGUCAGUUUUCUAAAAAAGAAAUUUACAUUGUGUUGUAAGUCCAAUUAAAUAUUCAUUUGCAUAAACUGUUGGCUAGAGUACAGUAUUCUCAUCACAAAUUUAAUGCAUUCAUCUAGACUAGCAAGAUCUUGGAUCUAAGUAUACAGGAUAUUCUUAUACCUGUAUUUAUUACUGUGAUUCAUUUAAAUUUGUUUCCAGUGCAGUAUAAUCUUAUUUGUUAUAGAAUAAAUCUGUAAACUGCAUGGUUUAUAAAGGAACAAACUAUCUUUGACUGAAGUAGUGGCAAAUGUUACACAUGUGAAUACAGAUUAGGAUCAGUGAACAAAUAUUAAGAGAAGUUUGCUGUCAUUUUGCAGUGAAUCUAAUGUUUGAUAUGUCACAAAGCUCCUCUUUCCUGUGAAGAACGAGAGAAUAUGUUGAUAAUACCAAAUUGUAUGAAUUGAAUUUAUAUUUUAAGAGACAUGGGUAUGUUAUUGAUGCUGCAUUUGUUGCAUAUGAACAUAUUGUCAUAUGACAUUCUUAAUAUGACUGUAUUGUACUUUUCUUCUCCAGCAGUUGAGGUGAAUAAAUAAAUUAAAUAAAUAAAUGCCUUAUUGGCAAAAUGAGUGCUACAUUGCCAAGUUGUCAUUGAAGUCAGCUGUUAAUUAAUUGAUGUUUAUAUUUUGGUUUGGUGGGACAAAAUGCUCAGGAAGUCUCGGCACUUUUUUUCUCUCUCUAUUUACCAUUGUUAGAUUGGUAGCCUUCAGCUUAUCAAGGCCCCCUACCCAAUGGUAAGGCUGUCCAAGCACUCACCCUAACAGUGUUGGCCUUAACUUGAGUGAGGUCAAGUUAACUUCAUGACAUGAGUUAACCUUUGGGUAUCUCAUAACUUUGACAUGAGUGCAUGUCACCCAUUGUGUCACACUACAGUAUUGAAUUUUAAUACAGUAUAUAUUGACUAUUUGAAUAACAAAAUAUUGAAAUUAUAUUCCAUUUAAACAAAUAGUGACUACAUUAAACUUUGUAAAUGCUUUGGAUUUAAGAAUUUUAUCUAAAUAUAGGGACAAAUUUUAAAAUGUUAUAAACGUUUUUAAAUACCGUGCUGUAUUGUCAAGAAUAGGCUGAGAUGGCACCAUGAUAUGUUUAAUUUGCCACUUAUGCCAAAAAUUGUUAAAUCUAAGACUAAUAAUUAUAACAUUAGGAAAGUAUAGAACAGUGUAAUUUAUACACAUAAUUUUUUUUCUUUUGUCAUUCAUUGUGUCCCGAGCCAAUAUGCCUACAAGCCCCAGUUGCAUUAAGGACUGAAGCACAUAUCAGCACAAAUAUACAGUACUGUAUUUACUCAAAUUUGUUUUAUAUGUGACAGAAUCCAAAACACAUUUCAAAAUUUUGUUUAGCCCAAAACUUUUAUUUUUCAUUUGCAGGAUGACAUUGUGAGAAUUAAAGAAAUUAAGUAAUCUUUUAGAUGUUCUGUAGGUACUGUACAAUUAAAGGAACUUUGUGUGAAUUGCACUGGACAUGAUGCAUGCCAAUUAUUUGUUUGUGAUAGUUAAAUCUAGUCAUGUCUGUGCACAAAAUUUUCUGUGAUGUAGGGAAAGGUACUUAUUAUGACACUGUUUAGCUACAAUUAAUACCCAAAAAUUAUAUAGAUGCAUUGACUGCAAUAUGUCAUUUACAGAUAUAUUGUACGAUAUAGCUAUAUUUGCAGGCUUAAAUAUAUAAACAAUACUAUCAUAUUGAAAAUUCAUACCAUGUUAUUCAAUCAUAACUAGAAUUUACACACUGGAUUCAAAAUAUGGCAGCACUGAGUGAUUAACUAAUCUCAGUGCCUGACUUUGAACCAGAAUCUAUUACCUGCCUGUUUAAAUAUAGUGGAUACAUAUUUUGCUGUUCAUGUGGACCACACCUUUAUUUUGUAGUCAUUUCAAGUGUUUUGUAAAUUGCAGCAUAUGUGGGGGCAUUUGAUGUAAUUACUUACAAUAAAGAAUUACAAUGA